CUCUCCGGCCCAGCUCGGCGCAGACCGGCGGCAGCGUUCAGUCCCGGUACAGACGGUUUGUGAGCCGCUGUUCGUGCUCGAGCACGGACUCACAGCUUCAGCUCCUGGUUAUUAUUACUGGGAGGAGGCAGGGCGUAGCUAAGGCUAAAGCUAACAGCUGCAGGACGUUCGGGGAAGGCGGGGUCUCUGUCGUCACACGUUACGUCGUGAACGUGGCUGUUCCUGACCUCCUGAAAUGAAGAGUUGUCAGCAAGCACGAUGAUGUCACAGGUCAGAAGGACGUUUUCUCUUUUAAACCAGCGAGCCUGCUCCUGGUCCUGGUUCAGAUCCAGCUCCAGCUCCAGGCUCCUCACGGACUCUGGCAGCACGGGAUUGGUCCUCCAGUCUCAGUCCACUGACGUGUACCAGAACCUGGCUCUGGAGGAUUGGAUCGACGCCAACGUGGACCUGCAGGGGUGUGGCGUCCUGCUGCUCUGGAGGAACCAGCCCGCUGUGGUCAUCGGGCGCCACCAGAACCCAUGGACCGAGUGCAAUCUGCCGGCCAUGAGGAGGGCGGGGAUCUCACUGGCCCGCAGGCGGAGCGGUGGUGGGACAGUCUUCCACGACCUGGGGAACCUCAACCUGACCUUCUUCGCCUCCAAAAAGGCGUAUGACCGGCAGAGGAACCUGAAGGUGGUCACAGAGGCGCUGAGGCGGCUCUGCCCCGGACUGGAUGUCCAGGCCACCGACAGGUUUGACAUCAUACUGAACGGAUGCUACAAGAUCUCAGGCACCGCAUCCAGACUGAGCAGGAAGUCGUCGUACCAUCACUGCACUCUGCUUCACUCUGCUGAUCGCUCCGCCCUCUCCUCUGUGCUCCGCCCCUCCUGCCCCGGUAUCCAGAGCAACGCUACUCCCAGCGUCCCUUCACCUGUCGCCAACCUCAUAGACCACGCCCCCUCCCUGCAGUGGGAGGAGCUCCUGGAUGCUCUGGUGCAGCAGUACAACAGAGAGUUUGGUCUCCGUUCCUCAUCAACCCUCAUCGACCCGUCCGAUGAGUCCAUGUUUCCUGGUGUGGGACAGAUGGAGGCGGAGCUGCGGAGCUGGGACUGGAUAUUCGGAAAGACGCCUAAAUUCAGCGUGGAGACGCAGCUGGAGCUGACGGAUCAGCAGACGCCUGCUCACCGCUCUGCUCACCUGCGAAUGGAGGUGAAGAGCGGGCGAAUCGAGAGCUGCCAGUUGGACGUCCCAGCAGACUGGCUUCCUGUGCAGCUGAGCGGCGAGCUGAGCGGCGUGCUGCUCGGGGAGCGGUUCUGUCCUCAUCGAGCCGCCGCUGCCUUCAGCGCACUGCUGCGCUCCGAGAGCGGGGAGUCAUACAAGCGACUGCAUCACCUGUGUGACGCCGUGCUCACGGCGAUGGGCUGAAACGACAUGAAUGCAUUGAGGUGGAGUUAACUGCUGCCCCCUGUGGACUGAACGCUGCACUACAGCCUGCCAACAACUUCAGAUGGAGGAGACGCAGCUUUUUGUCCUCCAGCACGUCUGACGGGCCGAUCAGCUGAACAAUGAAUUGAUCGAUCAAUAAAUAAAGGAAAUGAUCAUCACAGCUGCAAGUUUACAGACAUCUGUUCACUCAGGUGAAGCUGCUGUGUUCACCUCCUGAGUGACCGCAACAGCUUUUUCUCUUUGUUUGAUAAUACUUGAAACUCCUGUGAUUUAUUUACAGAUGUUUUUCUGAUGUGGAGACCGGAUAUUCACAGGUCUAUUAUUUUUUUCUGUAUUUGUUAAAAUACAAAAACUACAAUUAAAAAAAAUACAA